CUUGAAGCGUCAGCAUGACUUUGAGCUGACAAACUUCAUCACGCAAUCCGCAUGUUUCGUUUGUUUUAAGCUCAUCCUUAACCGCGCACAGGAUUUCCUUACAUACCCGCCUCAUGAUCACUACACGGCAGCAAGUACACAGAAUCCAAGACGCGACAUGAGGGCAGCUCUACAACUAAAAACCUCAAGCCUGUGAAUUGUGAUUUGCCAACAUGUCAAAAUCCGUGUCUAGCGUAAAGCAUACUAGGGUGCAGAAAGUGUGCACAUUAUGGACCCAUGACGACAGCUUCUCACGAGACGACGUGGUAUUUAACGGAGAGAAGUUUCCUGAGCUUUCUGCAACACCCGGAUCUUUACUUCAGAUCGUGGCUAUUACCCCUGGGGUCGCUGUCCGAGACUUUCAAACGGCUGCAAAGAGCGCACAGACUGAAGCAGCACAAGCAAGAGGAGAUAAUGUGACCAGGGACAAUGGCGCUGAUAAUUAUUCGAAGAAGUCCCGAAGAGGAUCCAUCACAAUAACAAUCGAUGAGAAUGGAUCGACUAUCCCAGGCGGACGCGAUAUCGAUGUGGAGAAGGCGUACAUCUUUGCUCCUAAGCCGUUCCCUGCAGACUUGAAGGCUAAACAUGGAAACCUACAAGUUUCCAUAUCUGAAAGACUUGCCAGAGUGUUUGGGUUCCGCAACCGUAGCCAGGUUGUAAUCACAGAGGCCGAUGAAGACAAGCACGAAGCUCAUCACGUGGAACUCGUCUUCCGUGACGAGUAUCUUGCGCGUGCAGAUAUGUGGCGUCUGGCGGUCUCUGAGCUCAGCAAUCGAACUGUGUACCGCGGUCAAAAACUACUAUUCAUGGGCACAAUCAAGUCAACUAUCAAGCACAUCUAUAUGAACGGACAGUCCGUUCAUUCUGGCUAUUUCUCGUCUCGAACGAAGCCAAUUUUUCGCAGCGAAUCUGCGAGAUAUGUGCUGUUCAUCCAGAUGUCCAGAGAGAUGUGGGAUUUCGACACUGAAGGUGCCGGUGAGAUCAUGUUCAACAAGGUUGUGAGCGGCUUCCUGCCAGAUCUAUUUAAAAGAUGGCUGAAAAUCAAUGCGAGGCAUUUGGUUACGAUUAUCCUGUUUACGCGAAUGGAGUACGAUGGAGAGUCUGCCUCCGACCGCCCCGAAGACACAACAAGUAACAUCGAUCCUGAUACUCGAUGCGGCAACUUCAGGGACUACUAUCGAGUUGUUGUCAGCGACAUGGCUAGUGGCGAGUGGAUCAACAUCUUAUAUCAGUUGAAGAAAGAAUUCAGGACAUUCCUUCGUGAGGUUUCGCUCGUCCGGAAACCAGCCAAACAGGCGUCUAGUGUGGAAAUGGACGAUACGGAGACAUCGACGUCAGACACAAUAGUGGCUGGAAAGCCAUCGUCAGCUAGUCAAGGUAACGUCCUCGAAGCCAUCAAUUUGGCCGCAGCUCAGUUUGCGAAGGACUACAUCGACCGCGAUCUUGUCCGAACUGGAAUCUCCGUUAUUGUCGUCACUCCGGGAACUGGCGUGUUUGAAGUUGACUACAAUAUGCUAAAACUGACUACGGAUACGCUGGUAGGUUCAGGAAUAGGCGUCGACUUGGUAUCGUUGUCACCCAUGCCCCUACAUUCUGUUCCCUUGUUCAAAUAUCGGACUCCUCGUUCCAUCUCUGCGCUUGUCGCGAAACGCGGUCAGAAUUUCCACGGGUCAACGAGAAGUACCGGAGAGCAAGAUGACAAAACGCCUCGACAGUACCAGCCUGAUUUUGGUUCCAUGAUGCGUGCGUCCUUUGUACCGCCACCUCCAAGCACAAAUGGUGAUCAUCCCACCUACAUAUCGGACGCCUCAGAAGACUGGCGAUAUGCGAUGCCUUAUUGGGCGGAUAUAUCAUUCUGGUCUGGCACAUCCGAUGAUCUCUCAGAACUCACAAGAUCACGAAGAUCCGACAAGGCCAUCAAGAAGUCACGCAAGAAAGGUCGAGCUUUUGCUCUGAGAUGUCGUCUUUAUGAAUUGCAGAUGAUGGGCGUCAUGGAGAACGAACUAGGCGACAUCUCCAUUCCUUAUCUUGAAGAGGAUCCGAAGUACCCGCAUCAAAUGAGUCAGCCUGCUGAGAACCCCCAAGACACGGUCCACGAAAGGGCUACAUUCUUGAAUGCGUCGACGACUGCAAUUGGCUCCUAUUCAUCGAAAGGUGAUAGAGAUUAUGACGGCGACCAGCCCAAUGAACUUCGGGAUGCUCAUAAAGCUUGGAUGGAAGCAUACGAUGAAGCUGUCUUUUCACAAUUUGUGGAAAGACACCCGGUGCCAGAUCAACUGCGCGUUGAUCAGCGAAGACUGGGCAGCAGCACCCAGGCGAGCACUUCUCCAGAAAUGUCCAGGGGGUCGUAUCUGUCUUCUUCAUAUCGCAGCGUCGCGGCAUCGAUUGGCAAGACAGCUAGACCACCACCAGAUGCGAAUUUUCACCAGCUGAUGCGUGAGAGAUCUCGAGAUGUGGAAAGCCAAUCCUCACGGAGUAGUACAUAUCAUCAUUUCGAGAGUAGCGCCCAAGGUCUUCCACGGGCGGAUGUGCUUCGACGGCAGAAGUUGUUAGCGAGAAACAAUACCGAUGACGACAAUUCCAGUCUUCGUCAUCGAGAUGGUGUUGGACCCUCUGAAGAUCACCGGAAGUCGGUGUCGUUGACACCGCGCGAUUCUCCUGCUCCUAGUAUAGCGAGCUCGCCCCCAAGGAGACCCGGCUUGUCCUCUGUACCCGUUGUUGCUUCUGCCGUGCCUGCGAAGGCGGAACUGAAAAGUAGACCAUCCAACUGGUUCUUGAGACAGAUCAGCUUUGGAGGGAAGGCUGCACCCGCAAAGUUGACUACAGGAGAUGCAACCAUUGAUAUCAGCCAAGGACAAGUGAAGCCUGCAAUGCUGACAGUCGAGAAUAACCAGAAGGGUAUCAUUGCUGAGCGAUUGGCGAGCACGAGAGUCACCCCGGCAGAAAAGGUUUCCAAGCCGAUUGCAAUCAGAUCAGCCUCUCGGGCAGGUCUUCCGUCAUCGGAGUCACCCUCGUCCGACCAAGCUGGACGUUCUGUAGAAACCGUAAGGAACAUGCAGACUCGACGUAAAUCUAUACCUUCUCAACCUAGUUCGGUUAUCAGAGACCCAGGAUCAACGUUUAUCAUCGCGGGCUCACGAGCGUUAGCUGAUGCUGUGGGACCGAAGUUGGACCUUUCCUCAAGCGGUGGAGCAAAACAUAUACCACGGACGUUGUCUCCAACGAGCGCUAUUGCACCAUGGGCUGUUUUAGUCAAUCCGUGCAAUCCGAGAAAGAACAGCAUCGACGCCAAAAACCAGUAUCGGCGCUGGCAUCACGUCUUCCCGAGAACACUGAGAACUGGCACCAUGAAAUGGAGGUCACUAUGUUCGCCGGCAGCAGUGCCAUUGACCCAUGAAUGGUUCCCUUCUGCCGAGCAAAUAGCAACGGAGUACAACGAAAACCCAUACAAGAUCACUCAGAAUGAAGACGACGAUACGGUAGAAACUCCCAAGAGUAGGGAGUCUCUGAUUAGAGAACUUAUCGCCUUUCGGCUCUCCCACGGCUUCCAGAUUGUUGUUGGCGAUGCCGUUUCGGAAUUCUCUGGAAGGCAGGAGAAAUCGCUAGCAAGCAUUCUGGCGCCUGAAUACAUGUCUACAGAUGGAGAUACGGUGUUUAUGAGUGUGGGAAGCAGUAUUCAUCAGCUUAUGUGUGUGGCUGGAGGGGAGGUUGAGGUGAAACGAUACAACCGGAAGCCUACUACGGCUUUGGAGUCAUCUGCUGGUAUCGACACACCCUUUCGAUACAGGCCUUACAUCCGCACUGCAUUCGAGCAAACCUAUGACCCACGAGACAUCAUCUUACGUCCGCCAAGGAGAGAGUAUAAUUGGAACUUCAUUGACACGUUCCUGGCGGGUUACCAUGACGAACUUUCCGAAGUACUGCGCUUUUGGAGGGCUCGUUAUGUGCUGAUUCCGGUCGAAUUACCCAUCGGAAGCCGGCGUCCAUUACCUAUGCUCUCAGAAGACUCCGAGGAGGAGAUUCGUCUUGAGGGUAUCAGGAAGUUGACGCAGGUCUGGCAGAGGCAUCGCUACAUACCUCCCGACGAGCGCUAUUUCCAGGCCCCGGCUUCUCAGAAGCAAAAAGAUCCAAACCCUCUUGCAAUCGAAUACCACACUCGCGACACUUCUGCGAUCGUCGCAGCUGGACCCGACGCUGCUCUCUUCAACGAUGCAGAUAGCGAGUUUCAAACUUCGCUCUUCUCCGAUGCGGAGAAGUAUCACAGGUCAAAUAUUGAUAUCAAGAAACUUGCCGAAGACUUGCAAGGCGAGAAAGGGAUUCAGAUGCUGGAUAGGCGAUGGCACUGGAAACUCCAUCAGAACUGUUUUCUGGGCUUCGACCUUACGAACUGGCUGUUGUCCAACUUCAAGGACGUUGAGACUCGGGACGAAGCGAUUGAGCUAGGAAAUGAGCUCAUGAACAAAGGUCUCUUUCAACACGUACAGAGAAGGCAUCAGUUCCGUGAUGGGAACUUCUUCUUCCAGAUUGCCGCGGACUACAGAGCCCCUCGGCCCGAGUCGCGCACAGGAUGGUUUGGUAUGCGCAAGAUGGACAAGUCUGUUCCGUCUACACCACUUUUGGAAGGACCGCGAACAUCGCCUCUUACGGCGAAGGGUCUCCUUUCAAGGCCCAACACUGCCAACACCUCUUCGACUACCUCCGAUCCGAUGAGCGAAGGCGAGACUACCCCCGCACGCGCAGGUAUCAAGCGCAAGGUCGUUUUAUCACGCGUGAUGCGUUACGACGUCGAUCCACGGAAACGGUCAUAUCGGCCUGAGACUAUCUCACUGCACUACGACCGACUCCACAACCCCGACAACUGCUACCACAUCCGCAUCGACUGGAUGAACGUAACAGCCAAAUUCAUCGAAGACACCAUCGUCACCUGGGCGACAAGCGUGGAGAAAUACGGCCUAAAGCUCGUCGAAGUCCCCAUCGGCGAGAUAUCAAGCAUAGUCGACUACCACCCCUUCCGCUCUCCCUACGUCGUCAAACUCGCCGUCCAACCCCCGCAGCCCCACCCGGAUGCCGCAUGGGACUCGCAACACUUCUCCCCGCUCUACUCCAAAACAGACCAAUUCGCCUACCACAAAGCGCUCCUCCGUAAGCUAAACUUCGUCCUCGACAUGGAAGCCGCCAGCGCGUUCCCCGCCGACGUCGAAGUAACCUAUUCAUGGGGCGUGCACGACUACAAACUCACGCAAUUCAUCCACCGCUCCGGCAACCUCCUCGCGCAAAUCACAAACGACGGGAACUUCUCGCUGCUAGGCAACCUGGCACAUAAUCGUGCGAGUCCCGCGACGGGCAGAAUCCGCCACACGGACCCCUACGACCACAAGAAACCCUCCACCACAGACGGCACGCAGAGCACUCGCAUGCCCUCCACACCGGCGGAACGCGCACAUCCCCAUAGAAACCCCUUCUCCAGCCCGCUGUCCAGCCCGCUCGCCCGCCCAGUCCAGGACUCAAGCCUGCUACACACCGCGCUGCAGAACAGCGCCUCCCUCCCUCCAACAACGCCAUCCCCCACCCAGACAAUCGACCAGAUAAAAGACGAAGUGCAAGCGUUUUGCUCCGACGCCGCGCUCCUCUCAGCGUUUUAUAACCACGCUUUCGCCCAGGCGCCCUCGCCUUCACCCCGUAUUUAUCCUGUUCUUGAUGAGAAGAUUCCGGCGCUGGGAUUGCCGCCUGCGAUUAGUAUUCGCGAGGCGAGUCCGGCGAGUCCUGGGUGGGGGCUUAUUGGGCGGGGGACGGGGGAGAGGGUGUUUGGUGGUGGUGGUGGGGGGUUAGAUCUGGGGGUUGGGAUUGCGGGGCGGAGGCAGGGGAGUGAGGGGAGUAUGAGCACGUUGGGGAAGAGGGGGAGUGGGGCUGGGGUUGAGGGCGCGGCGGGGACGGGGAGUUUGCCUAAGAGGGUGGAUGGUGGGGGGUGA